UCGAACAAAAUCGCCGGACUACAAAUCUUCUCUGCUCGCCUCUGCAAAAACGAGAUUGUGCGCAGCAUAUUGUUUUUCCUGUAACAGAGGGAGUGGAAAUGGAUAGCUGUUUUCGGAGUUUUCCCGCUGCCGGUAUCCUCCUCCGUCGACCUUCUCCGUGAGUGCGCAUCUGAAUUCCGGUCGGUAGGAGAAGCAGUUAUUUAUGGUGCGUGCCUUCUUCUGGAAAGCAGGUGGCAAUUCCAGACGAAAAAAUUGCAAAGAAUCCUGCCGGGAAGGUCGCGUGAAGCUUCGUGCCUGCUUCCUCGGUCUAAGUCAUUAUCUGGAGUGACACAAGGAAUUCGGCCGUUCGACCUGGCUGUAAGGAUUUUUUUUUUUCCUUUGUCCGGAGGAGCAGAUCCAGCUUCAGGCCGCGGAGAGGAGAACUUCAGCCGGAAAUCUAGCCGGAGUGAUCUUCUACUUCCUGCACUGUCGCUGGCGACGCUGAAGAGGAGGAAUACUGCGUGGAGAACUUGGCCGAGCUACCUCCUCCGCUCGUCGCGGAGGUGGAAUUAGGGAAAUGACGGGGAACGAGAGCGUGCUUUUCCGUUCACUCGUGGAGAAGGCAGACCGGAAGUUUGCUAAGGUUAGGGAUUUGCCGGCUCACGGUCGGGACCGGUGCGACGCGUACUUUCGCAAGGUUUUCAAGGUCUACACGAAGCUGUGGCGGUUCCAACAGGAGAACCGAGCGACGCUUGUUGAGGCCGGGCUGAAACGGUGGGAGAUCGGUGAGAUAGCGUCUCGGAUCGGCCAGCUCUAUUAUCAACAGUACCUCCGUACGAGCGAGACGCGAUUCCUGCUCGAGUCGUUCGUCUUCUACGAGGCGAUCCUGAAGCGGGAGUAUUUCAAGGGGUGUUACGGCAACCUUGACCUCGCGCUCAAGGAGUUGCGAUUUCUGGCAAGGUUUCUGGUCGUUUGUUUGUUUCUGAAUCGGGUGGAGUUGGUUGAGCACCUCUCUGAUCUCUUGAAGGCGAGGGUGGAAGAAUGCAGGAAGAAGUUUGAGGAUAGACAUUUUAAGGAAUGGAAGCGAGUGGUUCAAGAAAUUGUCAGGUUUCUGAAAGCUGAUGCAGCAUGUAUGGAUGCCAGGCCCUUGAGAUAUCAUGAACAUGCAGCUCCUGAUCUAAGUUUCGGCCAUUUGUCUAAUUUUCAGUUGGGAAAGGCUCUGAAACUACAAGAUGCAUUGUUAACUAGUUAUCAUCCUAAUGAGGUGAAGUUUACAGAGCUUACUCUGGACACUUUCAGAAUGCUGCAGUGUCUGGAAUGGAAGCCUAGUGAAUCCUUUUUCCAGACACAUUCUCUAGAAUUGUGUGAGAAUGGUGUCUCUGGUGAUCUUACUGCAGCAGCUAGUCGUGUGAACCUCGUUGAUGAUGGCUUGGAUUCAGCUUUGCCUGCAGGCCCCAGAAAAGCGGUUCUUUAUCGUCCAUCAGUAACGAAUUUAAUUGCGGUGAUUGCUACAAUAUGCGAGGAACUCCCCGCAGAUGGCAUUUUCCUUUUGUAUAUUUCAGCACCAGGGAAGGUCAAUCAAAGCCCCACAUCAUCACCUUGUGUGAACUCUUUCAGACAUGUAAAAGUGGGUCGUCAAGCUGUUGAUUACUUUUCAAAGUCAGGUCCCGUUUCUCAAACAAGUACAGCAAACUGCCAUAAAGACAACCAUUCACAUUCUCAUCCUAUGAAUAAAAGGAUAGAAGACACCAAGGACUAUCUAGGUGGCUUUCUGUGGCUUGGUCCUCGUGGAAGAGGUUUGAACAACUUGUAUCCUGGUGAUAUAAUUCCUUUUACAAGGAGACCCCUCUUCCUAAUCAUUGAUAGUGACAACAGCGAUGCAUUCAAGGCAAUACAUGGUGCAGAAAGAGGUGAGGCUGCUGCUUUGCUCCUCUCUCCUGGGAAAUCAACAUUCCUUGCGUCAUCAGCAAUUGAUUCGACACAUGAUGGAAGCCAGUUCACUUUUUUCCUGACUUCUCCAUUACAAGCAUUUUGUCAGCUAGUUGGUCUCUGUGCUGCUAGCAUUGAUGUGGAUAUGUACAGCAGGGCAGAGAACAUCUUUUCCUCAUUAUUAUCUCAAUGGGAGACAAUAUUGUGUACAUCUGACUGCCUAGAUCAUGUCUGGGUGCGGGUUUUAGGCGAUCCAUUUCUGAGACAGCUGAUCCUAAGGUUCAUCUUCUGUAGAUCGGCUCUCUCUUUGUUUGUUUUAUCACACAACAAUAGCCAAUGUUUACCAACUUGCCUGCCCCGGCUUCCAGAUCGCCUUUCACCUUCCUCUGCGAUCAUACAGUCAAGCAUACACAGGCUGGCCAACAGUUUGAGGGCUGUUAGCUACUUUACUUUUACCAACAUUGUUAAUCAUGUGCCCUCAGGCUCUACUUUCGAGUUGUCUGAAAUUCAAGAAGUGGGUUGAAAGCUCAGCGGCCACAAAAAGGAAGACCUUUUUUUUUUCUCUUCCCUCCUGGAGGAUUCCUCACAAGUUUUCAGGCAUGCGGGACUGCUAAAGGGCCUAAACUGCUAUUGUUGCAGGGUUCUUAUGCUGUGGUAGUGUGAGAUAAUUUGUCCUGCGGUAGUCCAAAACUGCUUCCACAGGCUUGGAUUCUCGCACUCUGUAAAGUUGGUGUAUCUUUCCGAACGUGGUUGUAUCAUCAUUCCUGAGCCGGAGUUCCUCUUGUUAAUUUAUUCUUUUUGAUGUAUAAUUUGAUUAUUACUGGCUGAGUCCUGUAAGAAGAUGCAGCUCGGUUCAACUCCAUCCGAGUAGUGGAAUAUCAUAGUUGCUCAUUCUUUUUCCUUUUCUUUUCCUAUUUUCCUAUGAACUUGUUCAUCUAUACAUUUUGGCUGUGUCUGAACUUUGUAGAGUUUAAUUUGGUUUGACGAAA